AUGGACUGGAGAAGACGGAAGGGGCAGGAAAGUAGAGGAAGGCUUGGAGGACUGAACGUGACCUGGCCAAAUGAUAUUACAACCGACCCAACCGAAAGAUCCACGAGGUUGCAAUGGGCUGGCCCUAGAGACAGGCUGGCCAAGGGCUGGAUGGGCCGAGCAACGAUGGAGGUAGAUGCCUGGAGAUUAAGCUUAAUCCAAAUAGGCCCUUCUUUUCUAACCCAAAUAUGUUUCGUGGAAGGCAAACACUGCCGAACAAAGCCAGACCUGCUGACUUUACAACUCCUUGGACGUGAGUCAUGCGCCACCACUGAUUGGGUGGAGAGACCGAGCGUGCAUGCAGAGCUACAGAGUGUAAUUGAGAGACCCGAGUCGCAACUCUUAGGGUUCCACUCCCCACAUUCGAAUUCGCCGACACUCGAACGGGUGACGGAGUUCAACGGCGACGCAACCACAUCAACCAAGAACCGGUGA